GGCUGCUGUUGCGACUAGGUUCAUUUCCGCGAGGCUGAUGUUUCAGGGAACCGUUGUGUUUGCCACAGCAUGGCAGACCCAGCCCGUGUGAAGAAUGAACAGGCGACCGAGAGCACAAGUGCAGAGAAGUCCCUGCAGGUUGAAAAUGCAGCAGAAGCUUCCAGUGGCACUAAAGCACCUGUCGUCUCCGAGGCGACAACAGAGCAGGUGACCUUAAAGGACGAAGACAGAAUGAGACUGAUUAAGGAUGAGGAUGAGGAAGAGGGGCCCUCGAGUGCACCCCGCCCCCCCUUGAAGAAAAUAAAGGUGGAGCCUGAUAAGAAGAAGGAGAAGCGACACAAGAUCGAUGAGGACGAAAUACAGAAGAUGCAAGUCUUGGUCUCCUCGUUCUCUGAGGAGCAGCUGAACCGGUACGAAAUGUACAGACGCUCGGCAUUCCCGAAAGCGGCCAUUAAGCGGCUCAUUCAGUCCAUCACAGGAUCGUCCGUCUCUCAGAACGUGGUAAUCGCCAUGUCGGGCAUCUCCAAGGUCUUUGCCGGGGAGAUCGUUGAAGAAGCUCUGGAUGUGUGUGAGAAAUGGGGCGACACACCCCCUCUGCAGCCCAAGCACAUGAGGGAGGCGGUGAGGAGACUGAAGAGCAGAGAGCAGAUCCCCAACACCAAACACAAACGAAUCCUCUUUCACUGAGAGCCAAAGUGGCCCUGCCCCCAGCCCCGCCUUCUGAUCCUGUCUCGUCGCUAACAGGCUGGGUUGGCUCUCUGUUGUGGAACAGAGAUCAGAAGCAGGGGGCUUGGUGUGUAAAAAUGGAGCACACAGCUCUACACAAACUCAUUUGUACAUUCUGUUGGAGGGCCGAGGAACAGUUUGGCCUCUCGGCUCCUCCCAGCAUUGCUCUCCUGGGACGCUGUCCAAUCAGCAUGCCAGAAAAUUCUUCUUUGAUAAAAGAUUUGUUUCACGGAUUUAUUUUCCCCAGUGGUAUUUGACCCAUGUGUCAGUGUAAAUACUUUGUUUUUUACUUUAUAUGUCAAGAAAUUAGUGUUUGUAAAAAAGUGUCCAUGUCAUUGCUUCUCUCGAGAGAUUUCUAAUGAUGUAAGGUGUUCAUACUGUAACCCAACCUUACACUAAUCUCUUAAUAAAAUGAAAACUUGGCUUCACAUAAGAACCUAA